AUGCCUUUGUCUCGAACCCAGGUGAAUGAAUUCCUGAAAUCCUUGGAAUCUCGUAUGACGCUGGCCGUGCCAAAGUCAUCGCAAGACUUAAAGUGGGGGCAUCGAGAGCAAACAGUGACGAGAUUAAAUGCCUUUUGGCUCCAACCGAAGUUUCAAACGUGGUGCUCCGAACCUGAGAGCACUUUGCGCUUUGUUAAAGGCUCUUAUCAAAACCGGUUACAGAUCAAAAGUUUCUGCUUAGAUUUCAUCAAGCUCAUGGAGGAUGCGAGCGUCCCGCUCCUAUGGGCGUUGAAACCGAACGCGUGUGAGCAUACGAACGGGCUCUCUCCGGAAUGUCUGUUGAGUUACUUGACAGUGCAAGCAUUAAGUGUAUACUUGAACCAGGAAACCACGUCAGGGAUAUCAGAGAAGCAAGCAGCUCAAAUCCGUAAAAGAUUUCAAAGUGCUUCAACCCUUAUAGAUUAUAUCGAUCUCUUAUGCUUCAGUAUAUCUGUAUCUCGAUUACUUGAGGUUUGUAUCCUUGUCGAUAUACACUUGCUUGAUGCCAGACAACAAGGAUUCCGGGAGCAUGUCGAGUUAAUGAAGGCGCUAUCAACCGCUCAGAGCCGCUUGCAUAAUGACGGCUGUAGGACAAUGGUCAAAGUUCUCUUGGCGAGCUAUGGAGGAAUCAUGUUCGACGAACAUGAAUCGUCAGAUGUGAUGAAUAAUGUUAUCUUAGCGGGUAAUAGUAGGCAUGGGAAGGGCAAGCCGGUGCACCGACGCCGCGAGGUAGGCCGCUUAGUAUCUUCUCACUUCGGCGGCCGUGGGAGAGUUUAUCGCUCUUGA